ACCGGGGAUCCCCUUUAUAAUCAAGUCUCUUGUAAACCCUAAAAUGAUUCCCUAAGGUUUUUAAUUUUUAACCCCAGCCAGUUUGAAGCAUUUUUGCAGGUUACUCCUGCUGCCAACGUCAAGACCAAACAACAAAGCACUCCCAGGACAACAACGAAAGCACCUGUGCCAGUUCCUGGGACUUCACCAUUGGUAACAGCUCCCUGGAUCAGGGAACCUGCCGACUCUUCUGGAUCAAGAACAUCUGCCAACUAACCUCUGGUUUCACCUGCUAUUGUGUCUCAUUCCAUGGCUAGCCCGAUUUCAUAGGGCCAGUAAUAACAAUGUUUUUUUCUCCUAGACACCUGCCUCCUUACCUCCCUCAAGAAACAGAAGCCUGGCAUCUCCAGGAAGAUAGGGAACAGGAUGCCUUUCCAGUCACACCUCCAGCUGAGCAUGAACCAAUCAACUUUCAGCUUUCCCCUCUCCUACAGAGUCCCAUGCCCAUAGGAAGUAGUAAAACUUAAGUCUACGCCCUUUCUCCAAACAGAGCUGAAAAUGUUGGUCAUCAUUAUCACCUCAACUUUCUGUCACCCCUAUAUCCAAAGAAUCUGGAAUGUUAAGUCGGGAGCUUAACGCAGCCCCUGGUAUCCAUACCAGACCUCUGGCCUGGGAAUUGCAUUGGUCAGGACUCCAAAUCCCAGCAUGCCAGGUCCUAAUGCCUCGGAGGAGGAGGGUCAGUACCACUCCCACAAGGUACUUAAGUGGGCUGGCAGAGUAGGAACAUGUGGUUUCAGGUUUUCAUGUGCUCCCCACUUUCCUGUCUCCCCAGCCAUGCUCUAGGCCACCCAAGAGUGCUGUAUUUAAUAAAACAUGGACAUUUAUAAUUCGGUUUAAUCUGACUUAAUUGGAUUUCUUUGCUAUGGUAGAGUAGCUCAUCUUAGAGGGUGGCACCUAAUGAGUAGCUUGUCUGGGGUGUCCCCUGGAUCAUAGCUGCUGAGCAGGUGUGACUCCACUUGCUCUACUCGGGCUGGAAACAUUGGCCCCGCGCUUGUCUCUGUCUGUGACUCAAAAGCACAGCUGGGGACUGGACACACUGCUAAUAACAGCUGUGUCCAUCUAACUCAACCAGAAUUAGUUCUUCCAUAAGUGGGGAGAUAUCUGCCUCUGCCCAAAGUCACUCUCAAAAGGACUAACUCCCCAUUUUAUAAAGUCAUUUAGCUAUUGGCCUGGGUCACAGGUUCAUCAGCCUGUGGCUGAACUAGCAUCCAGGUUGGAAUCUGGCUGCUUUCUCCUCUGCCUCAGAAAUCAGCACAAGAGACUGUAGGACACCCACAGAUGGCUUCUCUGAGGGGUUCAGUUACUUCCAGACAGCCUGAUGUGUGACUAGGGCACCUCAGAGGGAAGGUGGCUGUUCUGGGUGCCCUCUGGGAAAUGGAGGAAUUGAGGAUGUGAAUGGAGAGAGCAGAGAACCCAGAGUCCUCCCAUCCUGUGUCAUGGCCACCCUGGAGUUGUCCUUUACGUAUUGCCACAUGAACAGAUGGUGGCAAAUGUGGAUGUGUGAGAUACAAGGAGUCCAGAGACUGCACCAUGAAUCUCUUAGUAUGUAUGUCUGUGCCAGGUUCCACGGUGGAACCUGAGGUUCAGAAAUGAGUGCCCUGCUCCAGAUUCUAGAAGGAAGUGAAUCAGUGGGUGUCCAGCCUGCACCUCCUGGCCUUAGCUAGCCUCUCUUCAGUCUGUGGGGCUGCAGAAGGAGGUUAUACGAUGUUUUGCAUGCAGAGUGGGAAAGAGUGCCAGACUGCGAAUCCAGAGAGCAAAGUGCACAAUCCUGUAAACAGUGCCAUAGGCUGUGUGUUUGAAAGAUCAAAGGGCAAAGCCAAGGGAGGAGCAAACUAUGUGUCCAUACAAGCAGAAAAUAUUCUAGAAAGUUUUAAAUCAUUACAAAUCACAUUUCCCCCAUAGUCAGAAUCAGCUGUGUGACAUCGUGCCCAGCACUUUCCCUCUAGAAUCUCUGCUUUUCUUCAGAUAAACAGAGUUAGGAUUGGGUACUGCUCUCCUUAGUAGCCGGGCACUGCUCUCCUUAGUAGCCGGAUAUCUGACACACAUGCCACAGAGACCAUGAGAAAGUGGGUACCAGGAAGAAUGAACUUGUCUCUGAUCCUGGAGAUGCUCAUAGGGAAGAAAUCAGGCCCCAAAUCCUGGAUCCCAGAUCAGUCAAUGACUCAGGGUGUAGAUGGUUAACAUAUAAACUGUUUUCACUUGAACUAAUUUAAACAACAUCCCACACACAGUGCACAUAAACACAGGCACAUACAUACUUCCCAGUCAGCCUUAACUCAACGAAGCUAUGUUUCAAACUUUGUACCAUAAAUUUCCAAAAGUGUUUAUUUCCUAACACUUAAUUUCUGUGUCUUGGUGGCAGUGCACUCCCGUGGGUUUGUGGACUCUGGUUGAGUGGUGUGAUGGCUAGUCUUGGUUGUCAACUUGACUACAUCUGGAAUUAAAUUAAAACUCAAAUGUAGGACACAACUGUGAGGGGAUUUUUCUGAAUUUGAAGUGGUGAGGCUCCCUUCUAAGUCAGAUUUAAAGUAGGAUGCCGUGUCUUUAAUACAGAUAUAUUGAGGAAGUAAGUCCUGACUCUAAUCUAAGCCACACCUUCUGCUGAAAGCCUAUAUAAGGCCAUGGAAGAAGGAAGUUGUUGAUCUUUGCCUCCUUGGUUUCGCCUCAUUAACAAGUCCAAUCCUUCAUUGCAUUACAGCCUCCUUCUUCAGGAUUCCGGCGUAUAGUGAAGACGAGCCAAGACAUCCAGCCUUGUGGACUGAGCAGCAUCUGGAGUCUUCAGCCUUCCAUUCGUAGGCAGCCACUGUUGGACAAGCUGAGCCACAGCCUGCUGUUAUUUCCUCCUGUAGCCUGGACACCCGGUGAGCUGUAAGGAAAGCUGUCAGGAUCCCCUGAGCGACACCAAGACCACAGCUGUCAUGGGCUCCCCAGAGAGAAAUGAGUUCGUUGAGUCUAUGGUUGGGUACCUCCUGGACACAAUGAACAUAGAGGUCCUGCAGUUCGUGCUGAGUGAAGAGGAAGCCUGGAAACAGUUUGUGGAAGAAGCUGGUUUGUCCAGGGAAGAGGAAGUUGUCUUGCGUGAAGCUCUUGCUGAGAUCGUUCCAGAUCCUGAUGUACAAGAUGAAGAGGACAAGAUGGAGAGUGACGAGGAAGAUGCCUCACGUGAAGCUCAUGGUGAGACCACAGUGGAUAGUGAUGUAGAUGAUGAAGAUGAUAUCCAAAACGCCCUGCAGGAGAAGAAAAGGUUUUUGGAAGUUUAUCCUCAGGUGAAACGGGAGCUUGAGGAGAGCAUCAGGAAGCUCCACACCCUUGCAGACAAGAUUGACAAGGUGCACAGGGACUGCACCAUCACACAAAUGGUGGCCAAGUCCACCGGUGCUGUGUCUGGGGUCAUGGCGAUCCUUGGUUUAGCUCUGGCACCUGUGACAGCAGGGAUCAGUCUGGGACUUUCAGCCACAGGCUUGGGGCUUGGGGCAGCAGCAGCUGUGACAAGUGUUUCCACAACCAUUGUGGAAGCCGUAAGCACGGCGUCGGUGAAAGCUGAAGCCAGCGAGCUUCUACCAAGGAACAACGACACUGACAGUGACAUUAAAAGCAACAACACUGAGAAGAUCAUUAAAGAAGCUGUGGAGAAGAGCACCCCCAGGAUGCUUUCUGUAUCUAAGAAUUCUUUCCGGAACCUAGAAGUCAUGAAGAAAAACAUUGAUGCCAUCAAGCUGACCAAAGCCAGCCCUCGCCUGACAAAUAAUGCCAAGCGUCUAAUGACCACAGGGAAGGUGUCCGCCCGAAGCACUAGACAGGUGAAGAAAGCCUUUGGAGGCACUGCUCUGGCAAUGACCAAAGGAGCCCGGAUCAUGGGUGCGGCCACUGCAGGUCUCUCCCUUGUGCUAGAUGUGGUCAGCCUCAUAGAAGACUCAAUUCAUUUGCAGGAGGGUGCAAAGGCAGAGUCUGCUGAAAAGCUGCGGCAGCAGGCUCAGGACCUGGAGCAGAAGUUGCAGGAGCUAAUCCGGGUGCAUGACAGCCUGACUCAGUGACCUCUUCCUCAGUGCAGCUCAGAGGACUGGGGGUGGGGUGUGCUGGACAGAGCCAUGGAUUCCUGAAUGUAUCCUCUUUAUACCAAUGCCGGAUGGUGGUAGUGCCUGCUAGAGGAGAGGCCACAUUAAGAGAAAGGAAACCAGAACACAGAACACAGAUGGGACAGGCUUGUUACCUCCUACUAGACUCUGCCUUCCUCUUAGAUCUACCAACCUCCAACAUCCCACAUAAGGACCAUGGUCCCAAGCUGGGAAGAACAUCGAAGGCCUGACUAAGCCACAGCAUGGCUGCCUCCCAGUCACACCCGCCACACUGCUCCUAACAGAGGCUCACCAUCCUCAAUCCACCGAGCUGUCAACUCUCCCACUGCUUUCUGAUUGCUUGCAUCAGACUUCUCCUCCUUCCUAGUUCUGCCUAAUUCUGUGUUUUCCAAAUAUUUCCAUAUCUUAAAAUCAAACUUUGGAUAUGAAUCCCAUUUCUUUGUUCAUGGUUUGGUCACAUGGAGUGAUGGGUUGAUGGGCACCUUUGAUGAAAUACUCAGAGGGGAGAGAGGAAGGGAUGCUGCAGGCAUCAUCUGCACGGUCAUCACAGGUUCUUGGUUUUAUGUGCCAGCCAUGGACACUACAAGGAAGGAGGGGUGACGGGAUGUGGCUGGUGAGUUCUGCUCUCUGCAAGCAGACUCUUGAAGAAAUCACAAGGCUUAAUUCCUACUGAAGUUUCAAAUCUGCUGCUGUAAUUGAAUGAGAUCUGCUGAGAUGCACAUGAAGGCUCCACAUGGUCCAUAGUAUUUGAAGAAUAAAUUUAUAAACACUGA